AUGGACAGUGACCGUCCCCUGCUGCGGACAAGCCAGGACAACGACAACCAGUCCGACGUAUUACCUACACACUCUCGCCAGACCCAACGCUCCACACGCUCGACAACUCGCCACGCCCCCCGGCCCGCCAAUCGCAAAGACUACGACAGUCUGAUCACCCUCAGCGACUCAGACACCGACGAGCAAGACAAACAGCAGGGUCGUCACACUCCAGCCCCCCAAUCGCUGGGCGCUCCCGCCAUGAUGACGGACACUUCCCCCCCUGGCGAGCACGGCGACCCCACUGCUCGCUCCCCCCUCCCCCUCUCUGCCACUGAUAUCGGUCCCGAAGGGCAGAUCGGUCGCCCGGGUUUGGAGCCAGAUGAGCCGCAGCCGCCGAUGGACGAAGAGGAGACGGCCGAGAUGCUGCCUCGGUCCACCACACAGGCGGCCGUCGGCCAGUGGCGGCAGCACUUCGUGAACUCGGUGCUGCGGGCCGACCGCGUAUCGCCGACCACUUCGCCCCGCAUCCGCGAGAUGUUUUAUCACCACGAGGAGGAGGCGCACGUUCCCACCCGCACCAGCUCACAGGACUUCGCCACCGUCGACUGGCGACACGACAGAGUGGCCUAUGCGCGGCGUCAGCAGGAGCUGGAGCACUUCCAGGGCUUCUGUGCCACCUGCCGAGUGUACCUGGUCAAGGCUGAGGGCUGGAUCUUCUGCGCGGCCAUUGGUUUCAUGGCUGCCGUGAGCGCCGCCUACAUCGAGGUGGCCGGGGCGUACUUUGCUGACCUCAGGAUCGGCAUCUGCCGAGGCAUGUUCUGGAUGGAUCGCAGGUAGGUAGCCCCCGCCCGGGCGCCACACAAGAUAUAUUAUCUAUCGAGAGGCAGGCGGCCAUGUCAUGAUUCUCGUGUGUGUCUGGUCUGUGUGGCUCGUGUGUGUUAGGUAUUGUUGCGGCAGUGAUUUUGCGGUAGAUUUCGCGCACAACCGUUGUCUGAAGGAGAGCGAGGAUGUCAUCGACCACCACGACCACCCCAACGAGUUCGACCACACCUCCUGGCUCUCCUGGGCCACAGUCCUGGGCAUCAACGAACACAACUACCUGGCCGCCUACUUGGCCGACUACCUCGUGUACGUCAUCAUCGCCAUCGUCAUGGCCUGCAUUGCCGCCUGGCUCGUCCGCUCAUACGCCAAGGCCGCGUCGGGCUCGGGGAUCCCCGAGGUCAAGACCAUCCUGGGCGGCUUCGUGAUGAAGGGCACUCUGGGGGCCUGGACGCUGGCCAUCAAGUGUGUGGGGCUGGGGCUCGCCGUGGCCAGCGGCCUGGCGCUCGGCAAGGAGGGCCCGCUCGUCCACGUGGCCUGCUGCUGGGCGAACCUUCUCUCCAGACUCUCGCUCAAGGUACCGUACCCGAUCACCGCACCCAGCAGUCCAUAUGGUAUGCAGUUUCUGUUUGAGUGUGUUGUGUUGUGUUGUGUCUGCCAUGCAGUAUCACGACAACGAGAUGAAGAAGCGCGAGCUCAUCUCAGCUGCAGCCGCGGCAGGUGUGUCGGUGGCCUUCGGGGCGCCCCUCGGCGGCGUGUUGUUCUCGCUCGAGGAGGUGUCGACCUACUUCCCGCCCAAGACGCUGUGGAAGAGUUUUUUUUGUGCGGUGGUGGCCGCCCUGACCCUCAAGUGGAUCGACCCAAGGAGCACCGGGGCCCUCACAAUGUUCCAAAUCGACUACAUUUCGCUGCUCGGGUCAGUCAGAAAACAGCAAGGGGAGAGAGAGAGAGAGAGGGACCGUGUGUAUGUUUGCGUGUCUGUGGUAUCUCUCUCUCCGUGUGUCUGUCUGCAGGACUUAUCAGAUCAUCGAGCUGAUCCCAUUCGCCCUGCUGGGUCUGAUGGGCGGGCUGCUGGGCGCGCUGUUCAUCCACCUCAACAUCCGCUGGUCGGCCAGCAAGCGCAACAACCCCACCAUCCAGGCCAGCCCUGUCCUAGAGAUGAUGAUCCUCACUCUUUGCACGGCCGUCAUCAACUACCUCCUUCCCAUGAUGCGCGGCCCCGCCAGUGUGCUGCUGGAGCAGCUGUUCGGGCGGUGUGGGUCGACGGACAACCCAGACAUGUUCUCAAUGUGUUCCAAGAGCACUGACAGCUUCACCGAAUAUGACGUGGACUGGGGCAUCUUUCUCUCGCUCUUCGCCGUCAUGGUGCUGAGGUUCGUCCAGGCCGUCUUCACCUUCGGCAGCCCAGUGCCGGCGGGGCUCUUCAUCCCUUCUCUCACCGUACAGACAGCCUGCCUGCGGGACGGGGGGGACCCACACGCGCAUCCGUGUGAUGGGAUACCUACCCACUUGUGUGUGUGUGUCUUGUGGAGCAGAUCGGUGCGUGUUUCGGUCGUUUGGUGGGUCUGCUGAUGAUUCGUUUGAACAACGCGAUCCCGCUGAUCCAGGAGUGCCACAAGUGCAUCCAGCCGGGCAUCUACGCCAUGGUGGGGGCGGCAGCCAUGCUCGGCGGCGUCACCCGCAUGACCAUCUCACUGGUAGGUACACGCGCAUCCAUCGCACCCACACAAACCAUCCAUCCAUCCAUCCCAUCAGAGAGGCAGCACCGCACAUGUGUGUGUGUCUUGCCUUGUCUUGGUGUGUGUGCAGGUUGUGAUAAUGUUUGAGUUGACGGGCGGUCUGAGUUACAUUGUGCCGUUCAUGAUAUCGGUCAUGAUAUCCAAAUGGGUCGGCGACGCCUUUUUCCCGGGCGUAUACGACUGCUACAUCCGGCUCAAGGGAUACCCCUACCUGGAGUCGUCAGCUGACGUAACAGCCAAACCACACACACACACACACACAGCUCCCAUCCGUCUGUGCGCAUGGCAUGGUGUUUGUGUGCAGGUGACCUUCACGGCUCGCGCGUGUGACAUAAUGGAGGACCGGCUGGUGGUCAUCACUCUCGAGGGCAACACCAUCGCAUCCCUCCAGCAAAAACUGACAAGGUCAGCCGCCCCACCCCCCCACUACAGUCUCAGCAGACACGGAUACCCACGUCCCAUGCUUGUGUGUGUCUGUGUGCGCAGGUACAGCUUCAGCGGAUAUCCUCUGGUCAGCACGCGCAAGGACAUGAUCCUCCUGGGCUACAUCGCCUCCAAGGACCUCGCCAACGCACUCGACAAGGCACUCGAGAACCCCGAGGUCCGCGGCACCACCAUGUGCAGAUUCCUCAAGUACUCACGGGUACUCGGGAUGAUGUCAGCCGCUAGGGCGAGGGCGAGAGGUGAGUCUGUCAGCGAGCAGCCAAACCACCAACCAAUGGCCAUCUUCAUUCAUUGAUGUGUGUGUCAGCCGCGGCGGGCGCGACCCCUUUGUCGGUGAGUUUUGCGGGUCGGGCGGCGAGUGUGGUCAUGACGCCGUCGCCCCGCCAGUUGCCCACGGCUGAGGACCUGGUGAGCUAUGGCGGGGAGCCGUUUGUGGACCUGAGCGACAUAGUGGACGAGCACAUCAUCCAGCUGGUGCCUGAGACGCCACUCGGACAGAUAUACAACAUGUUCAGGCAACUCGGACUCAGGUGAAUGCGAUGUAGGUGGUGGGGACACAUCAUCCACUGACUCACACGUGUGUGUGUGUGUGUGUGUGUAGGUUCUGUCUGCUGACGCGGCACGGCAAGCUCGAAGGCAUUCUGACGAAGAAGGUGGGAGCGGAGAGCUGACUGACACAGACAGACAGCCAAGACACAUGUGCACCGUACCCCAACGUUGACCCACCUGACCUGCUGUGCUGUGACCGCCAGACGUUUUUGACGCACAUGGAGCUGGCUCACCCAGCGGACCUGCCCAACAUCCACACACCCCUGCCCUACCCCACUCCCAACCGACGAGGCCGCGACACACAGAUCGAAGUCACAGCAGACUCCCCCGCACACGGGCCUCUGGUAAGCCAAUGUGGCCCACCACACCACACCACACGACAGGACACCAGCGAUGAAUGCACUGCACAAUCCAAUUCACCAUGUGUGUGUCUGUCUGUGUGUGAUCCCAUCACAUAGGUGAUGACGGCGAGCUCCGAGCAGGCCCCCCGGAUCAUUGUGCCGCCCAAGCUGCCCACCACCUAUUCCACUCCCGCCCAGCUGACGGCGCGGCGAGAGAGGGCCGCCACGGAGGCCGGCACAUCGCUGCCGCAGACCACUCCCCCAGACAUGAACGGCGACGGACACCUGCAGGAGAGCAAUGGCUCGAGCCGGGAGGACGACAGGGCGCGGCUCAUCGAUGUGGAGACGCCGCCAAGAGACCCCCGGCGGCAGGUCAGCGAGCCGGGCAGCAGCAGAUAUGGCGGCAGUGGGGGGAGUGGUGGUGGGGGUGGCAGGCAGAGCGACGGUGACGCGCCUGGCAAUACCAAGGAGGGAGAGCCAUAGCUUUAGCCGCAGACAGACAGGAGAACUGAUGGAUGAUGCACUCACAGACAGACAGACAGACAGACAAGGGCUGACUGACACGUGUGGUGUCUGUCGUGUGGGGUGCGUGCCGUUUGUUU